AUGGAGGACACUGACGACGACCCAGAUGUGAUUGAACGCAAAUGGCUGAGGCCUGUGUACUCGGCAGCACCAACGGUUGUGCACAGGCUGCUAAUAUGGCUUUGUGAGAAGGGAGUGUACAAGAGCGAGGAGAUAAAGGAAGCCCUCGAAAUUGCCGAGAAGUCAAUCGAUGAGCUUCCCUGCUGCGCGCUGCUCUCACAGUACCUGCCGGGGCCGCGCCACAGCGCAUAUGAGCUCUGUCAUGCAGACACGUCCUUCCCAAUGGGCAGUGGCAUGGUCGCCACAACCUUGCAGGCCAGAUACCAGGACACCUGCCCCUCUCUCAACUACUGGGGCCUGGCUGCUUCAGCAUGCAGGGACACCAUGAAGGUGAAAGAAGAACACAGCCAGAGGAUGCAUGCCAAGCGCAUCGGCGAUGGCGGCCGCGUCACAUUUGCCACGUGCCAUCAAGGGUCAUCACCCUGGGAGGAGCCGGAGGGUGGCGUGGUGGUCCAGUUUGAUGGGCCCAUUGCAGCGCUGUUUCGCGCGGGUAUGAUAGUGACGGCAACAUUUCAGCAGCUCAGCAAUGGCUCCAGCAGCAGAUGGGAGCUUUCCAGCCCUGGCUAUGUGUGGCCGUCCUGGUACUGUGAGAAGGGCUGCAUGAGCACCCCCAGCUGA